CUUUUUUUUUCCUACGUCCUUGUACUUUCUCGGCCAUUGAAAUAUGCAUAAAUGUGUUUCUUUCCUAAACUCCCUUUUCUUUAUCAUUGCGCACCCCAUUGAACUCUCGCAAUUGAAUUGCUCUUGAGCCUUUUUUGGUUUUGUUUUUUUCUCUGUUGUUUGUCGUCAUCGUCGCCAUUGAAAGAGAUUGCACGGAUAUCCAUUCAAAAAAUUCUAUCAUAGGCUUAAUCAAUCUCUCAAACAGUUUGUUUUGAUUUGGAUUGCAUUCUUGACGAAAUUUCUUUGGUUUUUUUCCCCAUUGUUUCCUUUGCAUUCACACUCCUUGUGAAGAAAUUAUUGUUUCUUGGCUUCUGUAAAAAGUCUCUUCUUGUCUGUUGGUAAACAAGAAUUAUAAGCAUGGGUCAGGUUUAUUUAUCUUAAUUUUAAGUUUUUUGCAUUUUUCCUGGAUCACAUUGAGUAGUGAAAUCUUUCAAUUUUUAAACUUUUUAUUUUUUUGAUUCUUUUAUUUCAUAUUCUUUGAAAAAGUGGCAUUUGUCUUUUUGGGAUACCUUUUGUUUCUGUUUUAAUCUCGGUUUCUUACCUUUUCUUUUCGUUUUUCCCUCUUAUCGCUUUUCAAAUGUCCGUCGUAAACCCUUUAUCCUCUCGUCGAUCAAAAGAAUACAAUCGCAUCUUCAAGGGUGCUGCGGUCUUGACCACCUUUGCUGCUCUAUACAUCGUCACAUCUUCCAAUGGUUCUACAACCGUCAAGGCAAAGUCAUCCAUCAAAGGUCUCUACAAUUCCUCGGGCAACGAUUGUUUUUUGAAUAGUGUUCUUCAAGCCCUCGCCAGUCAAUCUUCCUUAAUUCAAUUUCUCCAUCUUCGUUCUUCUUCCUCUACCCUGUAUGCCGCCCUUCUUAACUUUCUCGAAAGCCUAAAUUCCGGUUCCUCCAAACCCAUCUCUGCUAAUUCUUUUCUUAAUGUUUUAGAAAGAAUUACAAACAAGGUCAUUUUACGCUCGUUACAACAAGAUGCCCACGAAUUUUUACAAUUUCUAUUAGAAAUUAUCGAGUCUCAAUAUUCUUCUUUUCCCUCUAAUCCCUAUUCUUCUUCUAUUCGUAUUAUGGGUUUCCCUGCGCAGCUUCCUUUUAUCGGAACCAUUCUUCAAACCGUACAAUGCUCGUCCUGUUCUGCUAAAACUUGCACAAACUUUAAAAAUACCACUUUACAAUUGAGUUUACCCUAUGCCUAUGGUGCUUCUUCUAUUUCUUUAUCUCAACUUUUCGCUUCCAAUGCAUUUGAACAAAUUGAUGAUUAUAAAUGUGAUGCAUGCUAUCCUAAUACCAAAAAAACUACCUCCUGUUAUCGCACCGUCCAGUGGAAGCAUCCUCCUACCCUCCUUCAAAUUCAGCUAGAGCGGUCUUGUUACACUCCUCUAGGUCUUUCCCGGAAUAAUACCGCUGUUUUAUAUGAAAAGUCUUUCCUACUACAAGGCCGGUAUCGAUACCAUCUUCGGUCGCUCAUAACCCAUCAUGGCGGUGCAAAUUCUGGUCAUUAUAUUUGUUACCGGAAAAAAGACAAUAGUUGGUGGAGUGCCAAUGAUACACUCAUUUCUAAAUGCCCCAUCGAAAAGGUACUUGAUCAGCACCGCCUUGUUUUUAUGCUGUUUUAUGAAAUGGAAUCCCCUUCAGAAUUGGACUAACUCUCUUCUUACCUUACAUUAUUCAUUCAAUCCAUCUUUCCGCACCUUUUCCCAGAAAUUCGUUUAAAAAAAAAAAAAAAACAUAUAAAGUCGGUUUGGUUUUUUUGUAUGAACAUAUCUUAAUAUUGUUUCUUUUGAUUUCCCUUCUCAUUCACUAUUGUUAUUCCUUUUUUGUAUCUAUAGUUCUUUUUACUACAUACUUUUAAUGAUUAUUUCUU